AUGGUAGCUGCUAACAAGAUGGCCUCUUAUUACCAGUUUCAGGUGAACAACCUUCAUGCACAAAUGCAUGACAACAAAAGACAUCAUGAGGAAACAAUUAAAGACCUCGUAGAGCAGCUGGAGGAGGCUUCUAGCAAUAAGACAGAGACAGAGGCUCUCACAAAUGACAAUGAAGCAAUUGUCAAACUUGAUGAGGUGAUGCUUACCCUGCAGGACCAAAUCAGCCACCCUGCCACAGAGCAGUGUGUGGAGUCUACCACUCAAACCAAAGAGGCUUCACACACUGACUCUGUAGGCCUGAAGUCCUCUAAGGAGGCUGAAUUUGAGGUCCAAUGUAGGAUUCAACAAGAGCAGAUAGAGAUGCUCCAGAAACAGCUCCUAGCAGCUCAAAAUCAGCUCAAAGAACAGGCCAUUAAACAUAGGCAGGAGCAGGAGGCACGCAAAACAGAAAUCAGUGACCUCAAAUCCCAGCUCUGCUCCAAUGAUUCGAAGGUAGAGACUCUUGAGCGAGAGCUGGAAGAAGCCAAAGCUUCCUCCCUUAAAAUCCCAAAGGAGCAAAACGAACAAAAUUCCAUCGAUGCAAAUGAAAUGCAAAAAUCUGAGCCUCUGAAAGAAAAAGGCACUGGAGGAGAGAAGAAGAUAGGAAAAGAGGACUCGCCUGCAUUGUCUGUACAGGAAUCUUUGCAAAGACUGCAAGAAAAACAGAAAAUGCUUACUGCCAAGGUGGCUGACCUCGAAACUGAAGUUAAGAGCCUGCCAGAGAUACCGCCAAGUAAGAAAAAGAAGAAGAAGCGGAACUGGCUGCGUCGCCUUUUCACCUAA